AUGAGAGCCUUAUUAAGAGAGGAUAAUAAAGCUUUGAGGGAAAAGUAUUUUGUAGAAAGCUUCAUUGGCGGAUUAAGGGAGAAGAUUGGAAAGUUCGUGACAAUGCAGAAGCCCAACACUUUGAGGAAUGCUAUUCAAUUGGCCAUCCAAAGUGAAGAUAUUGUGAAUCUUCUCACUAAAGGACAUAGAGGAUUGAAAAGGGGUAGCAGCCAUCAACCAACAGUGCCGGUAACUAAAAUUGGUUCAGAUGUUGCUAAACCAAAAUUACCUCCUAUUAGAAGAGUAUAUUUGAUCAUAGGAGAAGAUGAUGGGGAAAGUGAGACCGACAUUGGAACUUUGGAAUUGGGAGAAUGCCAAGGGGUAGAGGAACCCCAAAUCUCUUUGAAUGUUGUGGCUGGUCAGGUCCCUUCCAACACCAUUAAGUUGUUAGGAAAGUCAAACAACUAUGAACUGGUUAUUUUGCUAGACUCAGGCAGCACUCACACUUUUUUGGACCCAAAAACAGCCUCAAAGUUGAGGUGCACAAUGGAGUUUACUAAUCCUUGGUUGAUAACCAUUGCCGAUGGGAACAAGGUGGAAUGCAGAUCUAAGUGCCAUAUGUUUGCCUGGGAAAUGGGGGGCCACAGGUUCAGUGCUCCUGUGAGAUUGUUGAAAUUGGGGGGCUGUGACAUGGGAGCUGGAAAUGGAAGACACUGUGGGUUUCUUAUGCAUUAUUGUGAUACUGAAAUUGUGACAUUGCUUCAAGAGUAUCAACAUCUAUUUGAACUCCCUGUUGGUUUACCCCCUAAGAGAAGCAUGGACCAUAGAAUUCCCACCAAGCCUAAUAUAGGACCUAUUAAGCAGCAUGCUUAUAGGUAUCCUAUGCUUCAAAUGAGGGAGAUUGAAAAAUUGGUGGAUGAGAUGUUGCAAACAGGGGUUAUUAGACCCAGUAACAGCCCCUAUUCCUCGCCUGUGCUGUUAGUUAAAAAGAAGGAUGGCUCAUGGAGGUUUUGCAUUGAUUAUAGGAAACUCAAUGCAACUACAAUUAAAGAUAGCUACCCGAUUCCCUUAGUAGAUGAUUUAUUGGAUAAGCUAGGGGAAGCAACUAUCUUUGCAAAGAUAGACCUAAGGGCUGGAUACCACCAAAUUAGAAUGCAUGAAGAGGAUAUCCCAAAAACAGUAUUUGUAACUGCCUCCGGCCUAUAUGAGUUUGUUGUGAUGCCUUUUGGCCUCACAAAUGCACCAACUACUUUUCAAGCAGUUAUGAAUCAGAUUUUUAAGUCUCACUUGAGAGAUUUCAUCCUGUGCAGUUUUGGAAGAAGAGAGGUUGAGUAUUUAGGGCAUAUAAUUGGGAGUGGAAGAGUGCGGAUGGAUAAGUCUAAGGUUCAAGCAAUGCUGGACUGGCCGACCCCAUCUAAUGUUAAGGCUUUAAGAGGAUUCUUAGGCCUCACAGGAUACUACAGAAAAUUCAUUCAACAUUAUGGAACAAUUGCUAAGGCCUUAACUGAUCUUACAAAAAAGGGGAGGUUUGUGUGGUCUCCAGAAGCUGAGCUACCUUCCAAAUUCUUAAAAAUUCAAUGA